GGAGGCGCUUUUGUUUUAUUUAUUUAUUUAUUCCCCUCCCCUCCCCCUCUCCUUCUUGGUGGAGGUCGCCUGCGGCGCGGAGGGCGUAGUUGUUGGUGGCGCGCUUGUGAAUGUUAAACUCCUUACAACGAGACUGAUAAAGAAGAGUAAUGGAAAAUAAAAGGCAGAGAGCCAGAGUCCAGGGUGGCUGGGCUAGCCAGGGUAAUAGCAGAAUGACUUCAUGUUCAGCCUCUAGAAAGUCCAAUGCUAGAAAUCAAACAUUUGCCAAUUCAGCACCAUCCACAUUCCAAGGAGAGGCAGAGCUUUCAUCUAAAAGACAGUUUGUUUUUAAAGCACCUGAAGAGGUUGUAUGCAAAGUCCCAGAACCCAGAGUAAUAGAAAAACAGGGUGUAUAUGAGAUCAGCACAUUGCCCUCAGGAAUAUCAAAGAUUCAUUUGAUUCCUGGCUUCAUUUCCUUGAGUGAAGCAGAUUGGAUGUUUGAUCAGCUGUUCCAUGAAAUUCCAUGGAGGCAAAGAACACACGUUAGACACGAUCGAUCUUAUGACGAACCCAGACUCACAGCAUGGUAUGGAAAACUACCCUACACCUAUUCCAGACUUGAAAUGCAAGCAAACCCUGAUUGGCACCCACUACUAGCCAUGUUGAAGGAUCUUGUAGAAGAUUUCACCAAGAAUACUUUCAACUCCCUACUCUGUAAUCUUUACCAAAAUGAAAAGAACAGUGUUGACUGGCAUAGCGAUGAUGAGCCUACACUGGGAAAAAAUCCCAUAAUUGCAUCGCUUAGCUUUGGUGCUACCCGGAUGUUUGAGAUGAGGAAGAAACCUCUGCCUGAGGAUAACAAUGAUUAUACUUAUGUCCAAAGAGUUCACAUACCAUUGGAUCAUGGUACUUUGCUAAUGAUGGAAGGAGCUACUCAAGAAGACUGGCAGCACCGUGUUCCCAAGGAGUAUCACUCUAGGGAACCACGUAUAAAUUUGACAUUCAGGACAAUAUAUCCAGAACCAGAGGCAAUGCAUACAUGAUUGAAAGAAAUGCAGAACUCUGCUUUUUCUGCUGAGCUCAGAGUUUAAUGCUGACUUGGAUGUGAUGACCCAGCCAGAUUCACCAUUUGACUGCCUUCAUCUCAGGAGAGAAGAAAGACUGCUUGCAAAGAGAACGUACAACUUUUGCAUAUUUCCAUUGAGCAAUGUAUUAUUUUCUUAGGCUGCUUGCUAAUAUGUAAUCCUGACAAUUAUUUGUUUAUUGUUUGAAACCAAUUGAAAUGUUGUAUGAAUUCAGAGCGCAAAUGUUACCUUUAAUGGAGAAGAAGAAAGGAUUUUUCUUGAGGAGAACGACUAAUAAUGGACUUCAGAAACCUUUCCAAUUUCAGAACUUAUAACUGUAGUUGCCAUGUCCAUGACUAUGUCUUGCAAUGCUGGAGCAAUUUUGAGGGAAGGGGGAGCAGGGAGAAAGAAGUAUCUAAUAUAAUUAGCUGUAAUCCUUAUAAUUAGCUAUAAUGAUUUCAAUAGAAUCUUCUACCUAUACCAGUAAGAGGAGUGUAACUGAAGGUAGCACAGAGCUGUUUUAAAUAACUCAGUGCUAUUCAGUCCAGCAUUCUGUUGUGUUAGAUGAACUCAGUAAUAUUUUAAAAUACAUAUCUAGGAACCUUGGCCUCAUUUUUCAAGAGUCAGGAGCAUGUUCCUUCUCAAGUGUAGUUAUUCAUAAGAUAAGACAGGGAAGGAAUGACUACAUUCCUAGUUACGAUUGCUCAGGAUCUUCAGUUGAAAAGCACUCCACCAGGAUAUAUGUAGCAAGAUCUCUGGAUAUAUUUACAUCAGCAUAUUUUUUUAAAAAAAGGAAAUACAGAUAGUCCUUGACUUACAAACACAAUUGGGGCCAGAAUUAACAGUUACUAAACAUUAUGGUUGUUAACCAAGUCAUAUGAGUGGAACCAAUAUUACAAUCAGUUUUACUGAAGUCGGUAGUUAACAAUUACCAUAGUUGUUAAGCGAAUCACAUGGUUGUUAAGUGACUUGCACAGCUGCUGAGUAAAUCCAUGUGUGACCUCCCCCCCCCCCUUGACUUUGCUUAUGGGAAGCCAGCUGGGAAGAUUGCAUUGGUGAUCAUGUGAUAGCAGGAUGCUGCAACCCUCAUAAAUAUGAGCCAUUUGCCAAGCCCCAAAUUAAUAACAUGUGACUGCAGGGUUGCAAUUCCAAGGAUGGAUUGUAAGUCACUUUUUUUUGGGACACUGCUGUAACUUUCCUCCACUGUUAAAUGAGCUGUCUUAAAUCCAGGACUACUUUUAUCAAGAGUAAUUUUGCCCAUUUUACUGUCAAAGCAGGCAGUGAAAGCCACAAAAUGAUGGUCACGAUGAAAAGGUAUUUUUUCAAAUAAUUCUUACUUUAUGACUUUUGCAGAAAAGCUGAAGUAAGAUCAUAAGCACAUCAUUUCUCUUAGCAACCACUUUGUUUAAUAACGGAAUUGCUGAUGCUAGUUGUAGUAGCUAAAUGAGGACUCCCUGUAUUCCUCUAGUAGCAGAGUUGGCAGAAAUAAAUGAUGACAUAAUUGGUGCUCCCAAUAGUUGUAAUCUGUCCUAGUAAGGGGGCUUUGAAUAGUCCUGUCCAUAUAGAUUUACUAUGGGCCAAUUUGAGGGCAGUAAUUUUCUGUUUUGUUUCCUUCCCAUUUGCUGAAAAGAAACUCCACAAGUCACUCUCUUCUCAGUGUGGUAGGUUAGUAUGCUUGAGUAUGGUCUGUGAUGGAGGCUUUAGGUACCUCCUAAAUUGCAUUUCUGAAUGCAAUUGUUUUCUGGAAGAUUUGUAAACCUUUUGUGUCCCAAAAUAGUCCAGCCAGGUCAGUUGUUUCGAGAGAGAUGAGGCUGCCCUCCUGCCUACCAACUUGUUAAGCUGUUUGGGGCAGAGAUUUAUUAGUCUUUUGGAACAUGUGACUACUUUAGCACUGUUGCUAUAACUUCGGCUAGAAGAGGAAAGUUGUAGAAAUCUCUGUACAUUUCUGCUUUAGCAGUAGCUGCAAAGCACGAAUGCUCAAAUUAUUUAAAUAAAUUAGAUAUAUUUUACUUCAUGGAUUGUAAAGGCAAUACAUCUUGAUACUUAUAUAAAGAAUCUUGCAACUUCCUCAGUUGGGUUUUGAAUAUUAGGUGCUACCAUUAAUGGGUCCAAACUAAUUUGAACAUUUCAUCAGCCAAUCUGUAAUGACCUUGAAACAGCUUGUGUAUAAUUAUAAGGUAAGAUCUAGCAGCAUGCACUGCUAUAGUUUUGCACAUGCAUUUAAAAAUGAAAGGAAAUGGUGGACUUUAUGGAAACAAAUUUUCCUUACAAUGCCACAUAUUUUUGAAGUUUGAGCCUCUUCCAAAAGCUUGCCUAGAGUAAUUGAUAACUUGUUUUGUGAAUGACUGAACAACUGCAAAAUACUGAAGAAGGAUAACUAUCAGGAUCUGCACUCCAAUGAUUUUUACUUAUAUUUUCUAACUGAAACCAUGAGAGAAACUAGCUUGUCAAUACCUACAACAUCUGCCUUCAAUAUCACUUUUAUGUAUAGGAGCCUGUGGGCUUCCGUAGGCCUUACUAAAUAAACAUGGUAAGGAGUUGUCCCAAAGGUACAUUUUCACGAGGCAACUGGACUUUCUUGUUUUUCUUUGAAGACAUUUUGCUUGUCAUUCAAGAAGCUUCUUCAGCUCUCACUGGACAUCCUACAGCCAAGAAGGCUCUACACCCAUUUGCACUACUCGGGUGUCCCUAAGGACACAAAUAAAUUCCCAAAUGGCCUCAACAACUCUAAAACACGAGUGUCAAACUCAUGGCAUCAUAUUGUCAUCAUGUGAUGUUUUGUGAUGUUUUCCCCUUAGUGCAGCUGCAGUGGGCAUGGCCUGUGCGUGACACAUCCAGCCCACAGGCCACCAGUUUGACACCCCUGCUCUAAAAGAAUGCAAAUGAUCAGCUGUCUGCAAGGAGUAUAAAUCCUUCCAUUCCCCCCAUUCAGUCAAAGCUGAAGUAGCUUCUUGGAUGAGAAGUGGAACGUCCAAGGAAAAACAAGAAAAUCCAGUUGCCUCCUGAAAAAGCACCUUUAGUAAUAGCAAUAGCAUUUAGACUUACAUAUCGCUUCAUAGUGCUUUUACAGCCCUUUCUUAAGUGGUUUGGGACAACCAUGACCUGAAUGACUGAGAAUCUUCAUAGACAUAAGGAGUUGCACCUGAGUGCUUGGUCUGGAAGUGGGCUCCAUGUCCCCAGACAAGUCAAACUAACUGAUGGUAUAGAAAAGGGAGAAGAAUAUAGCUGGGUAGCAGACAGCAGCCUCAAUGAGUUACCUUUUGAUAAAUGGGUGUUUUUGUGAUUAGCUAUGUCACCAUGCCAACUGCUUAAUGAAAAGAUAAACUUAAAUGGCAAUGACUGUCAUGUGAAUGCCCACAGAAUGGUCUUCAAAUUCCACCCCUUUCCCAAAUUAUUAGCUACUAGUAGGUUAAUGUUUCAUACUUGAAUUAGGUAGAUGUGAGUAGCAAUGCUUUUAGAGGGGCUGCUGCACUGCUGUAAAUGGUUCUCUUCCUCCUUCUCCCUUAUUUGGAGCUUGUUCAUUGCCUGCUUUGAUUGUGAAUGUGUGAUUCAGCCUUUUCUGCACAUUAAAAAUUGAGUAACUGGACAAUAA